AUGACCAGUCCAUAUCACCCCCCCCUCACCCACCAAAACCUGUUCUGGCACACCCAAUCAAUCAAUAUCCUGUUUGCCAAAUACCAAUCCUUUGUAUCCAAAACGCAGUUUGAACAGCUCGAACGGGACCAAGCUGAUCCGUGGGAUAUUCCCACUCAAUUCCGGAUGGGCCAGCUCGAUGACGCCAUGCCAGGUGACCCUGCCCCCCCUUUGGCCCUCGGAAGCGCUCCAAGCCCAGCCAGCCAUCCUGCGCCGCCGCAGGCCGACGUUGGAGCUUGA